ACUUUAGCUUUGGUGCAAUUAACACACACAUUUCCAGCCGUUGGAAGGUUAUUUGUGGCAGACUUUUAAGGCGUCUGUCCACUGGAAGGCAGAGUCGAUUAUUUUGUAGUUAUUUUUUCUCCCUUGCAACGAAAGCAUGUUCUAGAAAAACUACAAAAGAAGAUUCCGGUCCGCCACCAUGAAGUCUCCCCCUUAAAAAGUCCUGGAGAUAGGCUGAAGCGCUGAUUUCAAAGGGAACAAUUAAUCCGCCCAAUACCUAAAGGGCCCUGAAUGUGACCUGACCUGAAAGCCCUACCUUUUGUGUGUUUGAGUGUAGCACGCACAUGAUACACUUCUCUCUCGCGGUUCUGGAUGGAUGAUAUUGGUUCACAAGUAUUACACAUUUUCUCUCUAUACUUAAUCUGUCACCAGAAUGCCUCGCAUCGAAAAUGACGUCAAGCUUGACUUCAAAGAUGUCCUGCUUCGACCCAAGCGCAGCACUCUCAAGUCGCGGAGUGAGGUGGACCUCAUACGGAGUUUCAGCUUCCGAAACUCCAAAGGCAGCUACAGAGGAAUUCCUAUCAUUGCUGCCAACAUGGACACCGUGGGGAACUUCGAGAUGGCCCUGGCCUUGCACAAGUUCACUCUCUUCACCACGAUCCAUAAGCACUACUCUGUGGACGACUGGAAGGAGUUUGCCGCUAAGCAUCCUGAAUGCAUUCAGAGCGUGGCCGUCAGUACGGGCAGCGGCGACGGCGACUUUGACAGGGUGUCGGCCAUCUUGGCGGCAGUGCCCCAGUUGCAUUUCAUCUGCGUGGACGUGGCAAACGGCUACUCCGAGCACUUUGUCAACUUUGUGAAGGACGUCCGGCAGAAGUUCCCCACACACACCAUCAUGGCGGGGAACGUGGUGACGGGAGAGAUGGUGGAGGAGUUGAUCCUUGCCGGAGCUGACAUCAUCAAAGUAGGCAUCGGACCAGGUUCCGUGUGCACCACUCGUAAGAAGACGGGCGUGGGCUACCCGCAGCUGAGCGCGGUCCUGGAGUGUGCGGACGCAGCACAUGGCCUCGGUGGACACAUCAUCUCGGACGGGGGGUGCACCUGCCCAGGAGACGUCUCAAAGGCGUUCGGCGCGGGGGCGGACUUUGUGAUGCUGGGGGGGAUGCUGGCGGGCCACACGGAGAGCGGCGGCGAGGUCAUCGAGAAGAACGGCAAGAAGUACAAGCUCUUCUACGGCAUGAGCUCAGACACGGCCAUGAAGAAGCAUGCCGGGGGCGUGGCCGAGUACAGAGCGUCUGAGGGGAAGACGGUGGAGGUUCCCUUCAAGGGCCCGGUGGAGGCCACGGUGCGGGACGUCCUGGGCGGCGUGCGCUCCUCGUGCACGUACGUGGGCGCCGGGAAGCUGAAGGAGCUGAGCCGCCGCACCACCUUCAUCAGGGUCACCCAGCAGCUCAACACCGUCUUCGGCAAUGACAGCUAGGGAGCCCUCCCCCUCCCACCCCUGCAAUCUAGUCCCAUCCCCCACCCCCCUCUAACCACCUUGCAAUCUAGUCCCCCCCCCACUCACCUCCAACCACCUUGCAAUCUAGUCCCGACCCCCCCGUCCCGUCUCAAACAGAAGGCCCAUCCUGAGUGACAUGGCCCAUCCUUGUCUUUGUAAGAGCGCCUGCUCUUCUAUUCCAUGGAUCGAUGGUGUUUCAGUGCCAGGGGCAUCAUUCCAUGCAGCACUGUCUUGAGUGUUUCAUCAUUCCCAAGGGUGCACGUUUGUGUGCAAAACUUGCCUUGUCGGUAAAACGCAAAGAGUUGUUUUGUUAGAUGGGGAACGUUUAGGCUGGGAAGAUCUCACUGGCAGGGUCAAGGGUUAAGUCAAGACUCCACAUUUAGAUGAGAUGUUUUUGAUACCAGCCGAUAAGUACCAAAAAAAGGAAACUGCUACACAUUCCACUGCCAAUAGAGUGACCUUCCAUCAAAAGGACAUUGAUGCACAUGGAGAACUACUCCGUGUUGGUGUUACAGGUAUUAUGCAUUCUAUGACCAAAAUUACACUAGCGAUCUCAUAAAUUAAUGAAAUGUUAAUGACGAGUUUUAACUUUGAGGGAUUUAUGUAUUUUCCACUUUAGGAAUGGCACUAGUGAUUUUUUUGGGCUACAAAUAUUGACAUUGAAAUAUACAACAUAGACGACACUUUUGUUCUGUAAUACAUUCAUUUUAUUUCAUUUUCACAAACCAUGUUAGUUUAUCUCAGUGAUAUUAUGGCUUUCAACUGAAUUCAAGUCUAUUAAAGACUACAACGGUUGACAGAUUCAAAAUAGCUUGUGAAAGAAAUCCCAAUUAAACGGUUGCCGAUAUAUCUGGCCAAAGUUCAAUCAUUAUAAUUUCAAAAGCAAUUAUGCGAGUAAUAUCUGAAACAUGAAUUCCAGUUGGAUGCCAGUAGAGGUCAGGAUUUCAAUAUUUCUGUAUUAAAAGUAUGGCAGACAGUCUCAGAAUGUAGUUCGGGUUAGGCAGGGGCCGAAAAACCCCACUACAAAGAUGUAGGCUGGUCCAUUUAUCAUUUCAACCAUACUUUGACCCACCAAUAAAUACAUAUAUUGAUAUUA